CGACUAGCUAGCUUCGGCAAACAUCGUCAUCGGUCGUUAACUGAGACUCGGUCAAGGAUGGAGGAAGAGGCACGCAAGCUUCUCGAGGAAGGAAUAAUAAAGAAAUUGGUCAGUCCUGGUAAAGGAGAGCUAUCGACCUUUCCAAAUGGAACCAAGGUGGUCUUCCACUACCGCACCAGCCUGUGUGAUGGCAUAUUGCUGGAUGACUCCAGAACCAUGGGGGGCCGCUCCAAACCCAUGGAGCUCAUCUUGGGCAAGAAGUUUAAACUAGCUGUGUGGGAGAGAGUGAUCAUCACCAUGAAACAAGGCGAAAUUGCAGAAUUUACCUGUGACAAAAGGCACACAGCUCUGUACCCGCUUGUGUCCCAGUCCCUGAGAAACAUCAGUGCUGGUAAGGACCCCCUGGAAGGCCAGAGGCAUUGCUGUGGCAUUGCCCAGAUCCACUCCCACCACUCUUUGGGGCACAAAGACCUGGAUCAGCUUCAGGCCAGUCCACAGCCUCUUGUCUUCACCAUCGAGCUGCAGGAGGUUCUGCCUCCAGGAUCGUUCCAGCUUGAUGUGUGGGCUAUGACAGAUGAAGAGAAACUUGAGCUUGUGCCUCAGAUCCAUGAGGAGGGCAACAUGCUUUUCAAACAGGGCAAAAUCAAGGAAGCCACAGAGAAGUACUACAAUGGCAUUGCCUGCCUCAAAAAUCUACAGAUGAAGGAGCACCCUGGAGACGAAGUCUGGGUGAAGUUUGACCAUAUGAUCACACCACUGCUCCUCAACUUCUGCCAGUGCAAGCUGCUCCAGGGCCAUUACUACGAAGUCAUCGAACACUGCUCAGCCUUACUCUUCAAAUAUGAGGACAACACGAAGGCCUUAUACAAGCGAGCUAAGGCCCACGCUGCAGUGUGGAAUGAGGUAGAAGCACGGGCAGACUUUAAUAGGUUGUUGGAGCUGGACCCCUCUCUGGGGCCGUCUGUUGCCAAGGAGCUGAAGGCCAUGGAGGAGAAGAUCCGGAUCAAAGAGAAGGAGGAAAAGGGUCGCUACAAAGACCUAUUCAAAUACAAUACAUCACCAGCCACUGCCACUACAGGUUGACUCACACAGUGGUUUGGAACAAAAGGAUGCCUGUGAAUUUCAAGAUGGAGGACAAACGAUGCUGGUGUUUUAGUAUGUUUUCCAUGCACCCAAACAAAUGACUCUGCCACCCUGCCCUCCCUCCCAUAGUACACGCAGAAAUAUUAAAUAUUCCCACUCACUGUCAGGUCAUACACACACACACACACAAAGUCACACAUCUAUACCAAGGUGAGAUUUGCAUUCCUGCCUUAUUCCUCUAAGCUUUAGAAAACUGAACUUUACCUUUAGAGUCUAAAGGUUAAGUAAAGUUCAGAAAUACAAAAUCCCAUUGAAACCUUAGGUAUGUACUGGCCAAAAGCAUAAUUAUUUCAUCAUGGUUUAAGCGUUUUACGUUGUCUUGAUUUCCCUGAAAUAUGCGCAGAGCUGUUGAAUAAUAAAGGAAUACUUUGUUUUAUUGCAUAAGGGACAUCACAUGCACACCUGCCUUGCACUGCCAGACCCCCUCUUCUAUAUUGGUCACAGUGGAAGCCCUGGAAAAAGCAGGAUUAUAUCCUGGUAGAUGAGACUGGGAAACAGAGCUGUCUGUGACAAUCAUUUAACACACAUGGACUUGUGUUAUCUUUGCUUUAUUCUAUGUACUUACUUAUUUCAUAUAUGUAAGAAAUAUAUACCAUUAUAUUGUUUUGUCUAGAUGUACUCUGCAAAGCCCUUACUAUCUCCUUCACUUACUUAGAAAGAGCUACUCCUAACUCAUGUGAGGCAGCGGGUCGUCUGAGGUGAGAUGUAAUUGAGGUUGUGAUUAUGUAACUGAAAAUAAAUUAGUUUAUCCCAA